GCAGCCUCCGGAGCCGGCCGAGGAGCGAGCCCCGGGAGAAGCCCCCCGGGGACGGGGGGGGGACGGCACGGCGGCCACAGGGGGCCCCCCGCACGCUGCGCGGCCCCGCCGCUGCCGCUCGCUCGCCCCCGGCGAAGAGAAACCAAAGCGAGCGGCGGCACCGCCACACGCUCUCUCGCUCCCUCCUUCUCCUCCUCUUGGUGGUGGUGGUGUUUGGUUUUGGUUUUUCGAAUUUUUUUUUCGAUUUUUUAUUUUUUUUCCGCGGGGAUUCUCCGUUCUCCUCCCAGCCUGACUUGCACCUUCUUGAUAAUUUCUCUUCCCCCCCCUCCACCUCGUUUUUUUUUUUAAUACUCUUCUUCUCCCCGCUUCCGAACCCUGUGUCUGUGUGUUUCAAUACUAUCGCAACCUCUGCUAAAAAUAGAUCUUUUUAUAUACCCUUCCUCCUCUCUGACCCCAUCCAACACCCCUUGUUAAGUUGUUGACUAGGUCUUCAGCAGAGAGGAUACAAAAACUCAGCCCUCCUUGCCACCUUAGGACAUACUGAGAGAAGAAAACUGCAGGUAAAUAAAAUAUUUCACAGAAUCUCAGAAUCAUGUUGGAUACAAUGGAUCUUUGGAGGCCAUCAACAACAUCCUAGCCCAAGCAAGACAAAGUUAGAUAAGGAAACCAUCUUAAACCCAGAGCAAGAAAAGUAAAUUCACUUGGCUGUCCCUUAUCUCUAAGGCACCUGAUGCGUAAGUGGACUAGAGAAAGGAAAGAACAACUCUGAAGACCUACAGAUCAUCUUGCUGGCAGGAACAUACUCAACAUCUUUAGAUUUCUUCCUUGAGACCACAGAGUGACUGCAAAACUGAUCACAACAGCAGGGCUUUUUAAAUAUCACUUGGUCUUCUGGACAAGUUGAUUAAGUGAAGAGAAGGAAAAAAAAUACACAAAACUGCUUUCAAGUAUUGAAGACACAAGGCCAGGAUGAACACGAAGGACUCAAAAGUGACUGAAGGAGGUCUCAAUGUCACACUUACCAUACGCCUUCUCAUGCAUGGCAAGGAGGUUGGGAGCAUUAUUGGAAAGAAAGGUGAGACAGUUAAGAAGAUGAGGGAGGAGAGUGGAGCUCGAAUCAAUAUUUCAGAAGGUUCCUGUCCAGAAAGAAUUGUGACAAUAACAGGCCCAACAGAUGCAAUUUUUAAAGCUUUUUCUAUGAUUGCACUAAAAUUUGAAGAGGACAUAAAUGCUUCAAUGACAAACAGCACAGUGACAAGCAAACCACCUGUAACACUGCGGCUUGUCGUCCCAGCAAGUCAGUGCGGAUCCCUUAUAGGAAAAGGAGGCUCCAAAAUCAAAGAAAUCAGGGAGUCCACAGGAGCCCAGGUGCAAGUCGCGGGGGACAUGCUGCCAAACUCGACAGAGCGUGCAGUGACUAUAUCGGGCACUCCUGAUGCCAUCAUCCAGUGUGUGAAGCAAAUAUGCGUGGUCAUGCUGGAGUCCCCACCCAAAGGUGCCACCAUCCCCUACCGUCCCAAACCUGCCUCUGCACCUAUCAUUUUUGCAGGUGGCCAGGUAAGAGCAGACACCAUUUUGGCUUCAGCUGGAAACCACACCGUCUUGGCCCAACCUCAGCCGGCGCCUGCGUUUACAAUUCAGGGGCAGUAUGCCAUCCCGCAUCCAGACGUGAGUCCAGCGCAUUUGACCAAGCUUCACCAGUUGGCUAUGCAGCAUCCCCCCUUUACUCCCCUUGGGCAGACCACCCCUGGUUUCCCUGGACUGGAUGCCACUACUCCAACCAGUUCCCAUGAACUUACUAUUCCCAACGAUUUAAUAGGCUGCAUUAUUGGCAGACAAGGCAGUAAGAUAAAUGAAAUCAGGCAGAUGUCAGGAGCGCAGAUCAAGAUUGCUAAUGCCACAGAAGGCUCUGGAGAACGACAAGUUACAAUCACAGGAUCCCCUGCAAACAUCAGCUUAGCACAGUACCUCAUUAACGCAAGCUUAGAGAUGGCUAAAGUCAGCACCCAGACCGCUUCCGUCACGACCCCUGUUGACCUCAACAUGAACCUCUCUCAGUCUGCCACCCCUACCUCCACCCCCACCUCCAUGGCCGUGCUGGCGGCUGCCUCCGCCGUUACCGUCAGUACCCCCCCUCCCCUACCAACUCUGCCAACCACCCACUAUGCCGUUCCUGUCUCCAGUCUGCUUGGCAUGAAAACUGUCCCACUCCUGGCACUAAAUGCCGCGGCCGCCGCGGGGGCCACGGGGAGUUUGUCCGCUUACACUGCCAAAAUUCCUUCGACGAGCGGGGUUAAGAAAUCUGACCGCCAGAAGUUUGCUCCAUAUUGAAGGGAUGAGACACAAUGCAAGCUCUGCCAGCUCUACCAAGAGUCUGUGGUAGAUCCUAGCUAUCAAGGAAACAAUAUGGCAUCUCUCAUUUUCUGUUCAGUUGCUAGUGUUCACUGUUGCCAGCUCGGUCCGUCUUCCAUCACCACUAACACCCAGGCGCCCGGCAGCAACUAGUUCCAACAGCCCCGCGCCGCCCCGAGGCCCGGCCCCACGCCGAGGCCUGCCCGCUAGCAGGGGCCAGGCAGUACCCGCUGUGGGCUGAGGAAAGCUCUUGGAUUAAGAGGACUGGAAGACAACGAGAAAUAAAAUAUAUCUGCGUUAGGUGCCCGGGCCCUUCCACUGAGCUCUUUUGAGGGCACCACAAUUUUCUGUGGGGCAGGAAACCAUAAUUCUGACCACUCCGCUUUAGGGAGGGAGAACAGGCUCCUUUUUUGUUUGUUGUUUUUUGGCACUCUGACAUUUUGCCCUGCAAAAUUGCCAACGUAGUACUCGUUUCUGUUGCCUGCUUAAGAGCAGGAACAAGCCCAUUGCCCCCUCUCACAAUUCCUUUCACGAAGCCCAAAGCACGCUCCCAGGCCAGACCCCAUCCUGCCCCAACACGGCAUCCUGCCAAAGCCCACGGCAGAAACCCCCGGGACUUUUAGGGGCACGCACGCUUCGCUCAGCCAGAAUGAACCCACCAGUGUUCCCCCUAGGUUUCCGUACAACAUAAAGUCCUGUUUAGCUCACCGCUAAUUAUGCUUUCAGACCGCGUUUUGGUUAUGAAUAAAAUCUAGCGCCUGUCAAACAACACGCUAAGGUUGCUGCCUGGAUAGAUAACAUCCCUUCGCAAGCACUUCAUUAUGUCCAGAUUAAUUAAAACCAGACACCUAAACUGAAGAGCGCUGGGUGAUGUAACGGCUGGUUGCUAGCUGUUGGAACUAGUUUUUAACUGCAUUUUCUGUUUGUCCAUCCACCUUCUUUUUUAAUUUCUGCUGCAUAAUUCAGUACUGCAAUAUUGUUUUCCUCACCACUUCCAAAUCCAGAAUCCCAUUCGCCCGCCAUGUCCAUUCACUUUGCACUCCUUGGACACAAAGCUUUAACAAUUGAACUGUAUUCAGUGCAUUUUAAUAUAAACUAAAAACACAAUGCAAAUGCAAUACUUUUUAAAACAUGGUAUCUCAAAGUGUGUUAUUAUUAUUGUAUAGGGCUAAGUACGAUUUCAGUAUUUUGUGUCAUUUUCUGUAUUCUGUGGGCUUUUCUUCACCUUAGUACCUUUGCACUAAGUUUUGUCACUGUAACCAUUUGUAGAGUUGCCAUUGUUACAGUUUGCACUUAUCCGAAUGGGGUUUUUGGUUGUUUUAGUUGUGGCUUCUUUUUUUUUUUUUUUGGUUUGGUUUGUUGUUUUUUUUGUUGUUGUUGUUUUGUUCUUUUUUUUUUGUUCGUUUGUAUAUAAUGAAGGAAAAACUGGAAAUAAUGUCAAGGUACCUCAGUUAUUUGACAGCUCUAGAAACCUGCUGUAAAAUUGUUCUGGACUAUUGUAACUGUUUCAAUAAUUGAAAUUUAAGGAAAGAAAAACAAAAAACAACCUGUGUGAGAAAACUUGCCUGCAUUGAAAUGCUGUGCUAUGCUGGUUGUACUCAAAUGUUAUUUUUUUAAUAGUGAGAAGAUUUUUUUUCUUUUUUUUUGCCUUUUUUUUUGUUUUCUUUUCCUCGUUUUUGUUCCUACAUUUUAGGCUGUCUUCAGAAGUUACUGGCCUGGGGGCUCUGUAAUGUAUCUCAUCAUGCCCUAGUGCAUUAGCCACCAGACAGGACUUUUCCAAAGCCCCAUGAGACAAUGCUUUCUAUGGACUAAUCUACAGAGGAGUUUCUGCCAUUUCUAACUUUCUUAUUAUUCUCAGACAUCAAAAGAAAACACUUCUUUUACUCUUUAAGCAACUGUGCUUCCUAACUCUUGUGUUGCUCUCAUUACUGUUCCAGUUUUAAUACUGUUGUGGGUCAUAACAUAAAGGAAAGUUAUUUUGGGGAAUUAAUUUUCAUCGAUGUUCAUGCUUUGGCUAAUCUGUAUAAAAGCAUGGGCCGUUAGUGUUCUAAACCGCUGUAUUCAGCUAGAGACUUGACAGUAAAUUAAAUGAGACGUUUUUAUAAAUAAAUUUUUUUCCUGAUUUAAAAGAGACGUGGUAGCUUUGUGCAUACAACUGUUGUGUUGUUUAAACUUUGUUCUUUGUAACCAAGUUGCUAAUUUGUCAUUUGAGAAACACUAUUUUAUGGAUUGUCAAACUAAGGUCAUAGACAAAUUGCUUGUUUUCAUUAAUGAUUAAAGGUUUCAUAUCAUCACGCUUAAGGUCCCAGUGCUCAUUGGGAAAGAGUGUAACAACUGUGCAAUACUGCCAGUAUUAGAAAGUACAUUAGCACUUUCGUUGUCAGGGAUGACGAUUCUUCACAUGAUUAGAUGGAUCCAGACUGUGUAAUUAGCACAGCAAGCAGGAUUUCUACAAACCCUUUCUGUUUGUUUGUUUGCUUUUUUAAACAAAGCUGCUCCUGGAGUACUUCUCACACAGCAUAGAAAAGACAGAAUUUGGACUCUUGAUAGAGGAAGCCACUGUUUUUUAUCUCUCAUAUAUUUUCCCAUACUGAUUUUAAGAUCAGAUAUUUGGGGAAGAAAGUGAACAACAAAAGGACAAACUUGGGUACUGAGCAUGGUGUUGUUAAGGCCCAUCGUAUUUUCCGAUUCCCAGCAGCAUUCAGUGACAAGGCUGCUCAAAAGCACCUUUCAUAGGUCAAGUAAACAGGCCAGCAGCUGGAAGGAGCAUUACGAUUUGCCUAAUUAAAAACGAUUUCUCCCAUCCUGCCCUGAAAUACUGCUUGAGCCAUUCAGCUCCUCCAUUGGUGCUGCUGAUCAAGUUCUUUCUUCACACCUAAGUGAAAGACGGGCUGGCUCCGAGCUGCAGCUGCAUAGAGCACUUCUGCCCACCUCCUUUCUAGGGCACUGGCAAUUCUUUCACGUUUACUUCCUUCUCCUGUGAAAUUAGAGUUUUUGGCAGUGCAAGUGAGUAGCAUCCUUAAUGAUGUGUAAUUCUACAGCCUGCAUCCCCUCUCUGCUAAGGCCUACACUUAUCUCUUGGUACUUGGCCUGGGGUCCCAGUUCCCCUCACUGCCCUGGCUGGGUACUCGUGCAGUGUAUUGCUCUUGCUUUCAUUGGAAACUAGGGCGCAGAGAGCUGCCAUGCACUGGGUCACGAGUCCGAGCCUGGAACUAUGAUACAAACAAGAUGUGCAUACAGACCUGGAAAUGUGUAGAAGUUAACAGCUUUUUCCAUACAGAUGCAGCAACAUCUCUUGACAAUAAAACCUACGGAGAAAGAUUAAGGAAUGCCUCAUUGCAUCCCAGCACCCAGGAAGCACGUCCCAGUGUUGAAUUAGCUACUCCAACCUCUGGGUUGCUUUCAACGAUAGGCUGUACUACCAGCCUUCUCCCUGAUAAAGUUUUGCGUUACUACUUCUUAAAAUGUAUUUAGUUCUUACUCUUGAAAAGAGUGCUGAAGCUGCUUUUGCAGGAAGGACAUCUCUACCUUUUAUUUCCUAAACAGAAAAAAAAAUUAACUUAUUGCAUCUCAACACUAAGUAGGUCAGGGCUUUGGUCUCACAGUAAAGCUAGGGCAGCAGCAGCUCUGUCGUGUUUAGCAUCUUUCACAUAAAUAAUUCCCACACGCCUUGCAGAAUUGGCUAGAACAGACUGAGAUUUAAACUCGCUAGUUCUGAGGUACAUUUGUGUAUGGGAUAAGCAGAGGUAAAAUGAAGACGUGGACAUAGGAAGAAAAAAAGGAAAUCUUUUGAGAGCUUUUGCAAAAAACGACACAGGCAGAAAUGUGAUAAAAUCUAGGCUGAGGACUCAUUUUAAUGCAUUUUAGUUGGAAAUGAUUUCUAAAUGGCAAGAAAAAGUUCCUAAAUAGCUUUAAUAUGAAAUGUGCAAGCAAAACACAAGAAGGUACAUCUGGAGGAAAAAAACAAUUAGAAAUAUUAUUCAAGAUAGAAAACUAAACCAUUCAUACCCAAAGGUAGAUAAACAGAAGCAUGUACCUGAUACAAAAGGGUCACUUCCACACAACUGAGAGUUACCAAUUGAAAGAUGAAGCAAGCUCUGCAGCUGUCACAUCAUCAAAUCAUUACCUGAGUUCUGGCAAACAUCUCAAACAAAUUCAAGAAGUUGUCUUGUGCUUCUUUAGUGGAAAAAAAAAGGAAAGUAAGAAUGCUGGCUGGAGUAGUCAUCCAGAAGAAAACAAGUCAGAGGUAUUCAGCCACAUAACCAAGUCCACUGCUAACAGCCAGAGUGCUUUCUGUUCUCAGAUAUAGCCAGAAGGCAUCUGUGGGCCCCAAGGUGCAUAGAUGUGGCAGUCAUGGCUCCUAGGAAGUUAGCAGUAUAACCAUCAAGGCUGCCACAAAUGUAGCCCAGGUCUUGCUGGGCUGCAUGGGUGAGGAGUUUCUGUGGAGACACAUAAAGCAGUGAUAAAGCAUGCACUGAACCACCCCACCUAAACCAGGCAGAAAAUAGAGGCCUCCCUGUUUUUUUUUGUUUGUUCGGUUUUGUUUGUUUGUUUUUUGUUUUCCAUUUUUAAAUACUCAACAGCAUGAAAAAAGAGUGCUUCUCUGGGAUGGGAGAGAUCCAAAUUCAGUUUCUUCCAGUCCCAAUCUCAGCUGAAUAUAUUUCAGCACUAAUUACAUACUUGGAACAAGACCUUCCCCAUCUCAGGUGAGCAUUGUGAUUAUCAGACAAGAAAGCUGCAUGCUCACUAGUUCAAUCAUUUUAUAGUGCCACAACUUCUACAAGGAAGAUGACAAUUUUUAGGCUGCUCUACUAGACCACAGGAACUCUAAGUUCAAAGGACAGCAUAGAGAAGAGAUCUGAACACAGAUCUUUUAUAUCCCGAAGUGCUGUAACUACCCAUCAAUUGCCCAAGACAUUAGUGCCUCAGCUGUAGUUUUGGGAGGAAAGAAUCUGGCUUAGAUGUCUACACAAGGGAACCGCUUGCAUUUCUUUUCCCAGUGAAAAGGCCAGGAUAGUUCUAAGUCAAGUGAUGAACAGGAGAUGAACUUAGUAGGGAUACAAGUACAUGUUGCUUUUCUUGCCAUUAAAGCGUAUUUACUCCUUUGUUCCAGGAAAGAACACAGUAGUGUUGAUUAAAUUGUAAUGUUUCUGCAUCAACGGAGUGUGCUGUCACUACAGACAAGCACAUGUCUCAAGACGAUAGCUGAAACGAAAGAAGUGUUGUACUCAUCUGGUGUUACCUAAUGAAAGGGAAUUUCUAAAGCACUUUAUACUCACAUCGUGGUUUUUAAUGACAGCUACAGUGUGAUGCCUACUGGUUGAAUAUCUGAUUUCCUAUUGCAAAAGUUCUUGAUUAUAAUUCAAAAAAGAAAGUAUUUGUAGGUUUUGAAAAUAUUUGAGUAAUCUGACCUUUCCUCUUAAGAGCUAUUUUUAACUCAGUGUUUCUGAGAUGAUAAAAUGCAGAGAAUUUAAUUACAGUAGCUUGUAAUAAUGAAAACUUGUCUCACCUCAAAUUGAGUUGAUUGGCACGAGGACUGGCUGAAGUUAACAUGAAUGUUCUUUUUACCCAGUAUUUAUGCUUCUGAAGCAAAUUUUAGAAUUAUAUGUUUUACUGGAACAAUUAGUCACAUCAGCAAGUGACAAUAUUGUUUUAGCUUAGUUUGUUCCUGUCUUUUGUUUUUGUACAAUCACUUUUGGGCUCUGCUGUACCAAAUACAGAAGUAGCUAUGGAAAAAGGGUCAAGUCAUGACAGCAGCAGCUUCAUGGUGGGAGAGAAGUUAACAUUCAGGUUACCAUUUGAUUGUCUCCAUUGGCAGAGACUAGUUAACUACCAAUGACUGCCAGUACCAACCUGUGAUUAGCUGCUCCUGGAAGAGAGUGGUACUUGCAACUGUCUCCUCCCUUAAUUCCAAUUCUGCAGUUUUCUAGAAGUUCUGGAGAUCAGAGAAUUAAAAUAGUCUUCUGAAUUCCACGGAGUUGAAAAGCAGAAGCAGUUCAAAAAAAAAAAAAAAAAAGCAUCUCACAACAUGGAAAAAGCCCCUGGCAUAUCAAGAGCUUCUUCCAAAACAGGUAAACCAAACAUCUAGCUUUUCUCCUUAUUACUUCAUUAAUAAACAUAUUUGAGGCAAAUAUAUAGAAAGAUCUCAUCAGAACAAGGCUGUUUUCUGCCUUUAAAACCUCAUUAACUUGUUUUAAAAUUAGAAUGUUUAAAAUCCGUAAGUUAAGCUAUUCCUUCACUUUACUUUUUGACAAAAAUUACAGAAUCGCAGAACGGCUGAGGUUGGAAGGGACCCCCGGAGGCCAUUUGGUCCAACCCCCUGCUCAAGCAGGGCCACCUAGAACAGGUUGUCCAGUCAGCUUCUGAAGGAGCUGACUCCAAGGAGGGAGUCUCCAAAGCCUCUCUGGGCAACCUGUGCUAGUGCUGUCACCCUAAUUAAACCCUAAAAUUAAAUCACACAUUUUCCCUUGUUUUUUUCCAAAGUCCUCAGGUAGCCUAACAAAUUUUAAGGUUUUUGAAAGUCAAAAAUAUGCUUCAUUUUAAAAAAGAAAAAAAGCAACAAAAAAAACAAGGGGCACUUACCAAAGCUCAAAAUACUUCUCUUUUCCAUGUCCCAGCUUUGUCAAGUCCUUAGGUUCUUGUUUUUCACUUAAUCCGUGUUUAUCAGAACAGAAAUCCAUUUUAGAUGCUCUCCUUUACUAUCUUAGAAAAAAAUCCAGGAUUUAGAGCUAAAUAAAUGGUAAUACGUUACCAGCUUCCAGUGCAGUACAUUCCUCUCUGGCAUUUUGUUACGCUUUCAGUUGGUUAUGGAAAUAUUUAACCAUUGUGUUUUCAUCCCUCUGGCUUACAACAUGUGACAUAUGUUACAUUAUGGCCACAUUACAAUAAGCAAA